AUGUCAAACUUACCUAGCCCGGGCGCCCCUUCUGGAGAUGCUCCGCAUGUCGAUAGUCAGGCGCCGGAUGUAAUUAAAAUUUUGGAGAAGCAUUUUUCCCCUGAUCCCAACAGAGAAUCGGGUGGGUGGACUCCUGGUGGUAGCAAAGCGGCGCCCACCAAAGACGGCGACUCUUCUUCAUUAGCGGCGCCCAGCAGUUCUCGUGGGAAAUCUAUUGCGACCGAAUCAGCGGUGGUCGAGGCGCCCCACAAGCAAACCAAAGCGCCCAGCCAAGCAAAAGGGCUAAGAUCAGGUGACUAG